GGUUAUCAGAGUUCACGGCGUGAUGGCAGCGCGAUUUCGCUGCCCAUAUCCACCGAGACAGUACUGUGAUCAUGAGACUUUCAAGGCCGCUCGCUGUGUGGAUUUCACAAUUGUCACCAAGUCAAAUCCAACCACGAGCCAAUGAAGGUCUUGGGCGCAAGAGUCUCUUUUGUUUCAAACAAGAGAGGAAGAGAGCGGGAGGUUUAAGAACUUCUUCAAUCGACAACCAAUAUUGAUCACGAUCAACGAUUCAAGAAGGAAAUUCAGGUUUAAUUUCAAAGGUUCAGAUCAUCACUUGAUAAUCAACUUCAUUGGCUUACCGCGCUAUUCAACAAAACUUAGCUGGUUUGCACCCAGAGGACCUUGCUAUGGUCGCCAACUUAUUGAUUAGCGUUAGAAAACCAUUGGAUGAUCGAAAGCUUCACCUUGAAGAAGUUGUGGUUUUUCCCUCUCGUGCUGGAAAGAACAGACAUAACACUCUUAAUAAAUAUGUUGAUGCGGCACAGAACCAAUUUAUCACUUUACUUUGGGAUCAACAGGAUCUCUCUCAUCCUCCAACAGUGGAUUUGAACCCUAACCAUUGCUUCAGAAAAGUAGAUGGGAGUGACACGACCUCGCCAAUGAUCCACUUGGAGCUGCCAAUCAACCGUAUUCCAGAUCUGUUCGACCUAAUCAUCCUGUCCCGACUCACAUAGCUGAGCCCGAAGACAUGUUCGAUGCUAUAUUGCGUUGACCUACGGGAUAGACAGGUUUUACCCCUCGCCCAGCCAACCUUUCUAGCUUGUUCUUUGGUUUUGCAACUAUCGUCAUUCACGAUAUAUUCGCAAGUUGCGACUUUGGUCUGAUGAAUUACCGAGAUGACAUCGAUUUCACCUUGGUCGCAACUAUUUGGUAUCCUGAUUAGACAUGAAAGAAAAUCGAUUUUGAACUACCCAGCACCAGCUUUCCUUAGCUUUUUUGCACAAGUGUUUUAUGUGAUUACCAGAGUUACCAUGGUUCAAGGGAUAUUUGUGAAAGGUUGAUGAUAUUAUUGAUGUGACAAAAGGCCUCAUUUGUCAUUUCUAAACUUCAGCACCAUGAUACCGUUCCCUGGAUCCAGAUGCCCCAAACAAGGUUUUGACUACAUACACGAUCACAAUACUAUAAAAUCUGGUACUUGUUAAACUGCAACAGCUUGAGCGCUAUUAAUAUCUUGGAAAUUAUUGUAUAAC